AGCAGGGUUGUGCUUACAUUAGUCUUUAGAUCUCUGUUGAAGAGAGCUGUUAUAUUUGUGCCUGCUAGAGUUGGAAAUAACAGUUAAGAAGCUGACAGGGGUUGAAUGGAUUUACAGAAGUUUUUUCAAGUAAAUUCAGGGAAACAUAUGAAUUAGAUUAAUACAUUCUUUAGAAUUAGUUUAUACUAAGGUGAUUCAAAAGAUGUUAAAGUUAUCACCAGGCUGCUGGACAAAUAUAAAUUAUACUACCAAGGUACAGAUCAAGACAAAUCUGUGACUCAGGACUUUAUCUUUGAAAGAGUGCAAGGUGUGAGAAGAACUCAGAAUAACAAGAGAAGAUAACUCUGGGAACUACAGUGUAUCAGAAGAUCAGCUCUUGCUAACACAACCCUGAACUAAAGACCUGGUUAUCUAAGGUUUUUAAUAGGAAUGCCUAGGUCAGCUGACAAAAUACUGGUCUUCUGCUCCAUAAAUGCAGAAAAAACGAUAACAACAGUGGAAAAUUGGAAGUCUGAAUUUCAGCUUUCUUAGAAAUAACUGCAACCUGACACAUUCCAUAAUAUUUAAACGGAGGGUGGGGGAGAAUCACCAAAGAUGUUAUGUUUAGAGAUGACAUUGACAUGAAGAAUAGGUAAAUUUUGUUUUUCAGCCACUGGUAAAGCAGAUCUCAUAGAAGCUCAGAAUAAGCAGGAGAAAUAUUUUUAUUCUUUUUCUUUUCAACAAUGAACCUAAUGGCACUCAAAGCUUUCCUGGGCUUACUUUGGAAUUGCUGGGUUCUAGUGGGUCAUGCACAGGGAGGCUUAGGAGACAAUCAUGUCCAUUCAAGUUUUAUUUACAGGAGGCUGCGGAACCAUGAAAGAAGGGAGAUCCAAAGAGAGAUUCUCUCUAUCUUGGGUUUACCUCACAGACCCAGACCAUUUUCACCUGGAAAGCAGGCUUCUUCUGCACCCCUCUUCAUGCUGGACCUGUACAAUGCUAUGACAAAUGAAGAGGAUACUGAGGAACUGGAGUAUUCACUGAGGGAAUCAAUGGGAGGAGAGAGUAAAGGGGUAAGAAAAGGAUACUCUGCAUCUCCAAAUGGAUACUCACGGAGAAUACAAUUAUCUCGCAUGACCCCCCUGACCACACAGAGUCCUCCCUUAGCCAGCCUGCGUGAUACCAACUUUCUGAAUGAUGCCGACAUGGUCAUGAGCUUUGUCAAUUUAGUUGAAAGAGACAAAGACUUUUCUCAUCAAAGAAGGCACUACAAAGAGUUUCGAUUUGACUUGACUCAAAUCCCACAUGGAGAAGCAGUGACAGCAGCUGAAUUCCGGAUUUACAAGGACCGAAGCUACAGUCGGUUUGAGAAUGAAACAAUUAAGAUUAGCAUAUAUCAGAUCAUCAAGGAAUACCCGAACAGGGAUGCAGAACUGUUCCUGCUGGACACAAGGAAGACUCAAGCUUUUAAUGUGGGCUGGCUUGUAUUUGAUAUCACUGUGACCAGCAACCAUUGGGUGAUUAAUCCACAGAACAAUUUAGGCUUGCAACUCUGUGUUGAAACUGGGGAUGGUCGCAGUAUCAAUGUUAAAUCAGCUGGCCUUAUAGGAAGACAUGGGCCUCAAUCAAAGCAGCCAUUCAUGGUUGCAUUCUUCAAGGCAAGUGAAGUGCUUUUUCGAUCUGUCCGAGCAGCCAACAAUAAAAAGAAAAAUCAGAACCGCAACAAAUCCAGUAGCCAUCAGGAUUCUUCCAGGAUGCCCAGUGUUGCUGAUUACAACACAAGUGAACAAAAACAAGCCUGUAAAAAACAUGAACUUUAUGUGAGUUUCCGAGACUUGGGAUGGCAGGAUUGGAUAAUCGCACCAGAGGGUUAUGCUGCGUUCUACUGUGAUGGAGAAUGCUCCUUUCCACUCAAUGCCCACAUGAAUGCUACAAACCAUGCCAUAGUUCAGACUCUGGUUCACUUGAUGUUCCCUGAUCACGUACCUAAGCCAUGCUGUGCACCUACAAAACUGAAUGCAAUCUCAGUGCUCUACUUCGAUGACAGUUCCAAUGUUAUUUUGAAAAAAUACAGAAAUAUGGUGGUGCGUUCAUGUGGCUGCCACUAGAAUAAAAAACAAGGAAAAAAAAAUCAAACCCAGUGUUUGUUCAGAAUUGUAAUCAAGUCAAAUACAAUUCUUACUAGUGAAAAGGCAUCCCUAAACUUAUUCCAUUUCAUGUCAUCUCUCAGUUAAUGUACAGUAAUGUAUAUAGUAGCUUUUAUUUAUUUAAAGGUAUAUAGUUUCUUUUCUAUGGGUGAAAUUUCAAAACAGUUUAUUUUAUGGGUCACCUUACUAUGUCGGAGAACCUCCCAAGCUGGUUUUCAAUCGAUCUCACUGAGACCUUUUUCUGUCCAUUUCAACAUUUUAAAGUAAGUAUAGUUUGUAUAAUUUUUUUUUUAAGUUAGAAAUCCCAGAACUCCUGUGAUUGUUUUAUGUUGUUAAAGGAAAUUGAAUACAUUUGGUUAUGUUGUGCAAAUGAAAUAUAUACUGGGAUAUUUAUUUAGAAAAGGCACUAAAAAAAGAAACUGAAGAAAAAAUCCUUGGCUAAACAUAAUUUUUCUUUUAGAAGUUCUACUCCAUUAGACAAAUUGAAAUGUUGAACCGUGUUUAAAUAAACAAACAGUCGGUAGAACAUAGAAGCUGAAAGACUGCACAUAAUUGUAAUAGCUAUUUUCUUUAACAGAAUCAGUGUAACUGGAGGAACAUGUUGCGUCUUGACUUGUGGAAUUUUGCAAAAGGCUCAAAGCUUCAGGAAUUCUGUGGAGAGAGGCUUUAGUCUGUGCCUAUAGAUUUCCAAAUUAACGCUAAAAACUUGUAGUACAUCGUUCCUUCCUCCGAUAAAUUGUCAGUUUAUUAUCAUAACACUACUGCAGCAGAUUUUUUUUCAUGUUUAAUAACAAACCCUUCCUGCCCCACAAAAACAAGAAAACCCUCCACACUCACCUGAGCCCCCUUACCAUAUGGGCAAGAAUUAAUAUAUGUGUGCAAUGUGUAAAAGAUUAAAAUCUGGAAGGAAUUUGUUUUCUUUAGCUUCCUUUUCUUGCUGGGUUUGAUAAUUGGUGCACAGUAAGGCAUUUAGGAACAUUGGAAUUGCCAUACGUAGUCAGAUUUGUGGUCAGUCUAGUACAGUAUCCUGUCUCUGACAGUGGCCAGCAGCAGGUGUUUUAGAUGAAGGUGAAAUAAAUCUUAUAUGGCAGUUUUUAGGAUAAUCUCUGUGCACAGUAGGUCCUCUCCUAAUCUCUAAUCUUACUAUCUAUUCCAAAACUUGUUUGCAGUAACUAUUAUAUUCUGGAUAUUUUUGUUUUACCCUAUAAAUGUCAAAUCCCUUUUAUUGUCUUGCUAAGUUUUUUGCCUCAAUUACAUUUUCGGGCAGGGAGUUCUACAGUCUAAUUGCACAUUGUGUGAAAAAAUAAUUCCAUUUAUCAGUGUUGAAUUUACCAUCUUUUAAUUUCAUCGAAUAUCCCCAUGUUGUUAUGGGAGAAUAGAAGGUCCUGAUUUCCCGUCUCUACAACCAGUCAUUAUUUUAUAUAGUUUUGUUGGGAAUUGCCUCAGUAGAAAUAUUGCUAUAUUAGAGUGUUAUUUAAAAUGAAUAGAACACACCCAUUCUUAUGCCUUAGAGAAUCUUUCCAUUUAAAUCCUGAUUUCUAUGGUUAUUUAAUACACAUUCCACAAAACACAAACUAUUGCAGAAUAAUAUAAUCAGUUGUGUGUGUGUGUUUUGCAGAAACUAAUUUAUUUUAUCUCACUGUCGGAGUAUUGUCUUAAAUUGUUAAACAUACACUUAACUUUUUGAAAAAUUAAACAGGGUGGUUUUUUUUAAGUCAUAGCAUUUUCUCCAAACAUUACAUUUCAAUUACUAUUUUAUACUUUAUGUACCUCCAUAACUAUGUCUAAUUGCAGUUCAUGUACAAUAAGGUAUAUUAAUAAAGUUUCUUCAAUGAAUUGCUGUUUGGGGACCACUUAGAUAAUGAACGUUAAACUGCAUGGGGGAUACUUUCAGAAAAGUUAUGAGUUUGUUUAUGAAUCAGGUAGAUGGUUGUGAUGUUUUGAAUUCAAUUUAUUCUAAAUAAAAUUUAAUGGAAACUGAAUUUGGUGUACAUUAAGUAAUAUAUUUUUGAAUAAUGGUGUACUAUUUUGAGAAUAAGAAACUGAAAAUUAUAUUAUUCUUUAAAAUGUGCUGUUGGAAUAUGUUUCUAUAUUUUAAGAUCUAAUAAACCUGUAAUACUACUUUGCUCUGCUAUGCUUUUUGAUUCUGAGCCAUG